GUCAACACAACUGUCAUGCUCUUGAAGGAACAGUAGUUCACCUACGAUUCAUUAGAAGUCUCUGUUGAAUAACUUCAUAGCAGUAGAAGCACAAUGGGGUUCUUACUCUCCAAAUCCAUGGACCAAAACUUCAAAAACCAGCAGGAAUUUAUGCUUCUCAAUGCUCGGCUACAGAUGGAGCGUCAGAUAAUGAUGCAGAAUCAGAUGAGGGAGAGGCAGAUGGCCAUGCAGAUUGCCUGGUCAAGAGAGUUUCUCAAAUACUAUGGAGCCUUCUUCAGUCUUGCCACUUUUGGCCUCACUGUAGGAGCAGUUAGGAGAAAGAAGCCAGGUCUGUUUGCUCCGGUCAUCCCUCUGAGCUUCAUUCUGGUUUAUCAGCUGGACAUGGCCUAUGGGACAUUUGUUCAUCGCAUGAGGGAGGAGGCUGAAGUGAUCAUGACUCAGGAACACGGCCGUUUGGAUUUGCCUCACGGAACGCCGACGUUUGAGAGCAUUGAAAAAGCCCGGCGAGCCAAAUCCUCCCUCUCAUCUCUUCUGGAGAAAUGAGACAUGAGCUGGAGGCAUGGUCAGACUGUCACUCACACGGGGCCUUAAUCAACCAUCCACUGUACUCAUCCUCACCCAGUUAACGCUCGCCUUCACAGCUGAAGCAGAGAUGUCAAAAAAUUAUUGUGUAACAGCAGCAGCAAACAACAAACGCCUCAACCAACCACUGCUCUCCAUACCCGACAAACAUUUAGCCUGUUUAGAGAUGUAUAGUCAGUUUAGAAGUGUAUAGUCAGUUUAGAAGCAGACAUUUAGUCAUUCCCCAACCAGUUUGUGAUAGGAUCUAAGUAGUCCAACCAGUAAUUGUUAUGGUGGUCAUUCACUGUAGCCGGAAAUAUCCGCCAUCAAUCACUGCACAACCAUUCGUAGAGGAGUCAUUUUAGCAUUUGCAGCUAGUUAAGCUAAAGUUUUGCUGUGCAGUCUUUUGGUCAUGCUGACUUUUGAAUCUUAACACUCAGGCUAGGAUUGAAAUCCAGCUUUAUUAUUUCUUAUAUGUGCUGAAGACUAAGAAUAAAAUGCACUACUUUAGAGUGUGUUUAUCCACAUUUACAUGUAAAAUGGCUCCUGUUUGGCACUGACAGAAUGGCCUGUAUUGAAUACUUUGAUGUGGUCGUUGCUGUAUUAUCCCACUGUCAUUAGAUACAUGAAACAUGAAAAUGUAUCUGUAAAAAUGACUUACAAGUGCAAAAUAUUGACUGAAGACAGUGUCGGAGGAUAUUAAGGUACAUAAAGAUUAUGUAAAUGAUUUAUGUUGUAAUUAGACCCUUAACACAAAUGACCGACAUCUUUACAAAAGGAAAAAGUUGCACUUAUUUUUAUAUAUAUAUAUAUUUGGGUUUGUUUGUUUGAGGUUUGGUU